UGGGCAUCCAGCGCGACACAGUCUCCCUGCAUCUCGUUUUCUAUAGCGACUGCCACCGUCGGGCGGGUCUCUCCCCUCCGUCAGUCGCCUUGUGGGUGUCGCGGUGGUCGUGUCCCCGGCCCGCUCGCCGCCGCUUCCUCCCCGACGCUCCUCCAGUCGUCAAGAUUCCCACUAUAGUUCUCCGUAAACUAUGAAUAACUAUGGAAAUGCGUUGCUGGUUCUGUGAUAAUUCAAAGAUUCUGUUAUUUUGAGGACGAAAUUAAUCCAUUUGAGUGUUUGUUAGAAGAAAGGCCAACACGAUAAUAACAAUUAUAAUUCUCAGUUCCAUAAAAACGCUUAGAAUAAAUAACGCAAAUUUUAGAGCAGUGGACAAUGAACUAAAUUCUUUCGUCGUAAGAUGGCACAAUGAGGUGGACUGGAUACUACUGAACUGGCAGGGGACUAGGCCUAAAGCCCCCAGUAAGAGGAGACUGGUUGGUCCUCCACUAGGCCUACCCGCCCGCCCUAUCUCAAAGCUCUCACUUUGCUAUCUCUGUGGCCAGCUGGAAAAUUACAUUGUUUUAGCACCUUUUGCUAGCGGCCUACAGCUAGUCCCUUGUGCCGCUGCUGCGCUAGCUGUUUGAACUGCAUCGCCAGGUGUCCUAAGGUCCUCGCCAAGUAUUUGAGUUCGAACGUCUUAAGCAGCAUUCGAACUUCCUCACAACCGAGUGAAGGUUCUCACAGCUGUUUCGACCUGCUUUACCAAGUGUUCCUCUUGCUCACCUGCCCCGGUGAUCCCGGUGUCUGAGAGCUGACUCCUGCAGAGCACUUCUGUCACCUGCACAGCAGGUGGUGGUGAUGAGGGAGAUGGUGGUGAUGGUGGUGAUGGUGAUGGUGAUGGUGGUGAUGGGACCCGUGGGGGUGGUGGCCCCUGUGCCACUCCCCCACCCCACGCCCCGACCUGACCUCCUGGCCCUCACGCAAGACUACUGGCACUGGAAGACCCAAGACUUUCCGCAGUUCGCUACCACGGUCGGUAUCAACGACAACACGGCCGGCCGCCUCGACAGCUACAGCUUGGAUCACUUCCAACACAGGAAGUCGAAGUGUGAGGAGUUCCUGAGGCGAGCUGAGGAGAUCGAUGUCGCCUCCCUCUCCGAAGACGACCUCGUCAACCUCAAGAUCUUCAAGCAGGAGAUGAUUGUCUUCUUGGAGAACGCCCCGUUCAUCAAGUACUUCACUCCAGUGACCUUCAUGGGCGGGCCGCAGCGGGACUUCAAGUUGAUGGUGGAGAAGAAGAUGGUCCUCAACUCUUACAACGACUACCAGAAGCUGCUCUCCAGAUAUGGAGAAUUUCCUCGCCAGGCCCAAGAGAUCAUAGAGCUUAUGAAAGGCAAUAUAGAAGAUGGUCUAAUGCCAUCUAACUGGUCCUUGGUGGGUGUGGUGGACCAGCUGGACAAGCUGGGUGGCCCUGUUGAGGACUCUGUCUUCUACAAACCCUUCCUUCACACACCUUCCACAGUCACCCCAGAACAAAGGACCACACUGAGGCAUCAGGCACAGGAGAGGAUUAAGCAGGACCUCCUGCCGGCUUUUAAGAGAAUCCGUGAUUUUAUUGAAACGGACUACUUGCCGGCCACGAGGCCAGAAAUAGCAGUGUCGUCACUGGAAGGGGGUCAAGAGUUCUAUCAAGCUUGCCUUAAGUUUCACACCAGCACAAACCUCACACCACAGGAGAUUCAUAAUCUGGGAGUCACAGAAGUAGCCAGAAUAGAAGAAGAGGUGCUAAAGACAGCCGUGGAGAUUCAGAUGGAAGGGAAAACAUUUUCAGAGAUCAGUCAAGCUUUAAAAAAAGACCCGGAACAAAGCUUCAGUAGCAAGGAGGAGCUACUGAGCACUUACAGAAAUGCUGCCUACAACGUCAUCAUUCCUCUUAUGCCUCGACUAUUUAUCAAUGUGCCUCAGGACAAUGUCACGAUAGAAGGUGAUGAUAACCCUAAUGCUGUUUUUGGAAUGUAUAGUUCACCUUCCUUGGAUGGCUCAAGACUUGGCAUAUUUACUAUAAAUUCUUAUAUUUAUGACAAGCAUAAGAAGUACGAGGUCACGGCUCUGACCCUGCAUGAAACCAUGCCAGGUCACCAUCUUCACAAACUCUACAUGCGAGUCAACCCCUCUACUCCAAAUUUUCGGAAGUUUGUCGACCCUACCCGUACUGGUGAUGCCCCAUCCAGGUUUCCCCUUCACACUGUUUUCUCUGAAGGCUGGGGGUUGUAUUCUGAGUUCCUGGGAGAAGAGCUGGGUUUGUACCAGGACCCGUAUCAGAGGAUAGGGAGGUAUUCUUUUGAGCUGCUGCGAGCUAGCCGACUGGUGGUGGACACGGGCAUGCAUGCCUUGGGCUGGUCACGCGAGCGGGCUGUUGCUUUUCUCCUAGACCACACAGCACUGUCGAAAGAAGCUUUGCAGAUUGAGGUUAACCGGUACAUCACACUGCCAGGACAAGCAUGUUCUUAUAAAAUUGGUGAAAUAAAAAUUAAGGAAUUAAGGCAAAAGGCUCAAAAUGCCCUUGGGGGACUGUUCCAUCUGCCCGAGUUCCAUGAUGUAGUUCUACGCUGUACUGGACCCUUAAAAAUCCUUGAAGAAUGUGUAACCAACUAUAUUGAAAGAAAAAUUUUAGUGAUUGAGAGGGUAACUGAAGAGAAGAAGGAAGACGAGUUAAUCCAGAGUGAUACUGCUGAAGACAAUGGGUCUACAAAUCCAAGUUCCAAAGAAAGUGAAAAUGAAAUAAUGGUCACGAUAGACGGAGCAGCUAGUAUACGCGGUGAUAAAAGUGCUGUGAUUUUGACUGUAUCCAUAUUGUCAUUUCUUCCCUAUCUAUUAAGAUAGUCCUAUAUAAGACAUUAGAUCUUCAGAGCUAUGAUCUUCAGUGUGAGUGGGCUGUAUAUUAUCCUAGAGUUGAUUUUGUACAUUAGUGCACUGUAUAGCUUAUCCUAUCGAGUCAUAGUCAUAUAUAUUGUAUAAUAUUUCUGCCAAAUAUAUGUAUUAAACUGA